AUGACUCCGCAACCUGACUCGUACGGUGGCCGUGGGCCGACGUUAAAUGCCGUGCUUUGGACGGAGACUGUCGUGGCGACCAUGUUUGUCUUUGCGCGUUGCUACACUCGGCUCUUCAUUCUACACAGCGCGGGAUGGGACGACUUCUUUCUUGUCCUAACACUCCUGUUGCUCGCAGCAUACUCCGCAUGUAUCAGUGCCGGCACUGCGUACGGCAUCGGCCAGAAGCGUGCUGAUAUUGACCCUGCCGACUAUGUGCAGGCACACAUGUUCGAAAUCAUCGGGCAAGGCGUCUGCAUCUUCAACAUUGCCAUCAGCAGGGCGGCGGUCGCCUUCCUGUUGCUGCGCAUUGUCAACCGCGGCUGGCACAAGACCUUUAUCUGGGCCUGCAUCGCCACCAACUCCAUCUUGGCCGUCUUUUGCACUAUUGCCGUCUUUAUCCAGUGUCUACCGAUCCAGGCCGUCUGGAACUCAAGCGUCAAGGGCAACUGCUGGCUGGACUUUGCCAAGGUCGGGUUGACCACGUCUGCGUAUGCUGUGUGCAUCGACUUUGCUCUCGCCAUCAUCCCCUGCUUCAUUGUUUGGGAACUCAAAAUGAAGAAGAAGGACAAGAUCAUCACCAUCAUCGGCCUGAGCCUGGGUGUCUUGUACGUCUCUCUCUGCCGGUCUUCAAGGAACAGGAACGGAAGCUGA